GCUGCGGUGGACUGUCCCCCGGAGGAGCUGGACUACGUGGACUCCGUGGAGGCCGGCCGCGUCUUUGAGGACUUGGCCGGCGACGCGCUCCUGGUGCAGCUGGACGACAUGAGCUCCCCGCCUUCCCCGGAGACCACGGACUCCUCCCCGGAGCGCGCCCCUCCCCAGGCCCCCGCCCUGCCCCCGCUGGCCCUGCUGGCCCUGGCGGAGGGCGCUGUGCAGCCCCCUCCCCAGGCCGAGGGGCCCCAGCAGAAGCCCUGGCUGCCACCAGAGGUGGCCAAGGCCGUGCUGGUGCCCAGCACCCCGGGGGGCCAGGCCCCGGCUUUGGAGAAGGAGGAGGGCCCCUUGCAGACCCCGCUGCUGCGGGCCAAGGCCCUGGUGAAGAGAGUCACGUGGAACCUGCAGGCCCCAGCGGACGGUGAGCGG